CAAUCUUGCAUCUGAAUUGUUUACUGAGGAAGCUACUGUGAUGCCCGUAAGCCUAAGGAACAUAGUUUAUGUACAGCUUCCUCCUUCAGGUACCUCUGUACCUGAGAUCACAGCGAUCACCUCCUUGGCGGUGAUCCUGGUGAUCGGGAUCCCGGUGACCUUGUUGGAAGUGAUGGCACUUGAAACUUGGAAACUGGGUUGCCGGUGCCAUACCCUGGUCAGGGGUAAUACACAGCUGUUACAUAAGGUUUGGGAGGCACUCAGGGAACUUGGAGGAGGAGAACAGAACUCUCAAGCUGACGAAUUCUGGACUGCUCGCGGGCACUCGAAAAAAUCACUGUUGUAAGAAAGCUCGCAUAAAGCGUGUCGCCGUAGAAUCGUGGCUG